CACCAAUCGCCUCUCACGUCCAUUUCAUCUCCUCCGUUUCCUGGCAACGGAAAGGGAAGAGAGAGAGAGAGAGAGAGAGAGAGAGAGGAGGAACCAAAUGCUGCCCUCUCUGUCGUCUUCCGGGAACGGAAUAAAACCGAAGAUAAUCCCCUAAUUGUUUAUUUAUUUUUAUGCAUUCAACGAAUUAGAUCUCUGUUCAUCAUUUCUCCCGUUCCUCCUCGCUGUAUUAUUCUUUCUUGGGAUUCGUUGAGGUUGGCGGAUGAUGAGAUGGGUGAUGCAGGGGAGAAGGUUUAGGGGUCGAACCUGGUCUGGUCGGAGGGGGAUGCCCGGGAUUUGGUGCUGACGGAUCAUCUGCAGAGGGAUCCGGAUGGAGGCGGAGGACCUGCGGAGGCUGUUGAGGAGCUCCGACGUGGAUCUGUGGGACUUGAUCGAGACCGCGGUGGCGGUGGCGGCGGCGGACCGACCGGAGGAGCUCCGUGCGCGGCGGGAUGGGAUCGUGGAACGGCUCUACGCGCCGCCGGCUGAUCGGUGCCGGGACUGCGGUCCCCGGGCCAGGUCGCAGCCGCGAGGGGAGGAGAAGGGGAGUAGCAGCCCGGCGAUGAAGCGGGAGGCGGCCCCUCCGCCCACGCCGCCGUCGCCGGAGCCGGUGGAUGAAGACGAGGAGGAGGAGGAGGAGGACGCGGAGGCGGAGGAGGAAGAUGAUCCGAAGAGUUAUGACCGCUCGAUCGAUGCGGCGAACAGGAGAAUCCUCGCCAUCAAGGAGUCCUUGGAACACCCCGAUCAGUCGGAGGAUUCCCUAAUUAGCCUCCUCCAGGAUCUCGCGGACAUGGACAUCACCUUCAAAUCACUGCAGGAGACGGACAUAGGGAGGCAUGUGAAUGGCCUUCGCAAGCAUCCUUCCAACGAAGUGCGCGGAUUGGUGAAGCAUCUCGUGAGGAAGUGGAAAGAUCUCGUGGAGGAAUGGGUGAAAUCGAAUUCGCCAGGUGAUCAAUCUGCUUCUCCGGCAAUCAUCGCAGAUGGUGAGUCCCCACAGCAAAUUCCCCGAAAGAACUUCCAGAACGGUCUCCAGACUCCAGAACGUGGAAACACCCCCCAUUCUCACACAGAUGGUUUCUCGAGUUCAGAGGCAAAGGUGAAGGCCAAUCCCCCGCGCAGAGAAGCUCCUCCAACCAAGCCGAACGCCCACGUCGCCACCGCGCUACCCUCUGCUCCUCCCCCUAAGCCAAAAGAAGAAAAGGACGGCUUGCUCGACCCCGAGCGACUCGCUUCUGCCAGGAGGCGGCUCCAUGAGAACUACCAGGAAGCACAGAACGCCAAAAAGCAACGGACGAUUCAGGUGAUGGAUAUACACGAGAUCCCGAAGCAGAAGAAUACCUUCACCCGCAAAGGCGGGUUCCAGGGGAAGCACUGGUGACGGAGGAGACGGCGAACCGGCGGGGAUUACCCGCUCAGCUUCCCUCCUCGAUUUCUCUUCUCUGGCUGCAGAUUUUUAAGCGGGAGAAAUGAAUUAUAAAUAUGCAUUCUAUAAAUUUGUGUGCGAGGAAAUAUGAGGAUUUCGAUUGGUUUGCGACAACGUGAUAAGCUGGUCCUUUUGGUAAAUGGCAUUGUCGCCAGUCACCUGCGUUUCUUCACCAAUUCGUUUUCUUUAUCGAAAGAUUUCUCGCUAUAGGAUUUUGUAGUUUGCCGGCAGAUUGCUUACAAUUUUUUAGGCUUGUUUGAUCAA